CUCUUUUAUUUGAAGUUGACAGAGAGUGCAGUUUCUGAAAUGGCCAGGACCAAGCAGACCGCCCGUAAAUCUACUGGUGGCAAAGCCCCUCGUAAGCAGCUGGCUACCAAAGCUGCUCGGAAGAGCGCGCCGGCCACCGGGGGAGUGAAAAAGCCUCAUCGUUAUCGGCCCGGCACUGUUGCCCUGCGGGAGAUCCGCCGCUACCAGAAAUCUACUGAGCUGCUCAUUCGCAAGCUGCCCUUCCAGCGCCUGGUGCGUGAAAUCGCCCAGGACUUCAAAACUGAUUUGCGCUUUCAGAGCUCAGCUGUUAUGGCCCUGCAGGAGGCGAGCGAAGCCUACUUGGUGGGGCUUUUUGAGGACACCAACCUGUGUGCUAUUCACGCUAAAAGAGUCACCAUCAUGCCUAAAGACAUCCAGUUAGCCCGGCGUAUCCGGGGUGAGCGGGCUUAA